AUGACGAGACCACAGAUGAUUCGAGCUGAUACCUUGGACCUUCAGGACCAUGAUGCGCCGUCCGCAAAGGAUCACUCCAAACAGCCCGAACAACCAGCUCCACUGGGGGCCGGCCGGCCUGCCCCCCACCAAGAGAUCUCCAUUCGCCAUGCCGAACAAGAUACGAAGUCCGAGAUUUCGAAUGGCCCUGAGAAUGGCCAUGGCUAUCAAGACGAUGGCGUGUACGGGGAAAAUGAGACCGAAGACGAGCUGGAUCGAGAUUACGAGCACGAGGAUGGAGACUUAGCAGAUGGGGAAAGUGACGAUUUGAUGGAUGACGACCUACUGGACAAAAUAUCCAGCUCCCCUUCAAUUGACGAUGAGGAUAUCGAUUUCGAAUUCGUCUAUGCACUCCACAACUUCGUGGCAACUGUCGAUGGACAGGCAAACGCCGCUAAGGGUGAUACUAUGGUGCUGCUGGAUGACAGCAACAGCUAUUGGUGGCUUGUACGUGUAGUCAAGGAUGGGAGUAUUGGAUAUCUGCCAGCCGAACAUAUCGAGACACCUACCGAACGACUAGCUCGAUUAAACAAACACCGAAAUGUUGACCUCUCUGCUACAAUGCUCGGCGACAACAAUGAAAAAUCCAAGAACCCUCUCAAGAAAGCCAUGCGCCGACGGAACGCAAAAACCGUAAACUUCGCACCACCAACAUACAUCGAGGCAUCAGAUGUGGAAUAUUCUUCAGAUGAGGACUCCGAACAUGGCGAUUUCUUCAACGACGACGAAACGGAGACGGUUGAAUCUGAAGAGGGUGAUAGCCAAGACCAGAGCGAAGAUAUUACGGUGGAACCUCUUAGGCCAAAGGGACAAAAAGAGAAGUCGGCAGAGCAGGCAGAUAUCAGAGGAUCCACAGACAAGGAGGACUCCGAGCGGACAAGCUAUGACCCCCGACGAUCAAGUGAGGAAUUCUUUGAUCCAGAGGAACCUACCGUCAGUCGGUCCAGAAAUGGCACUGUACGGAACACGGAUUCUUUCUUCAAGGACGAUACCGCCGAGCCAAAGAAGAUAUCUCUCACGCCCAACCUACUGCGCGACGAAUCUAACAACAACGGCAACAGUAACAGUCUACUCCAUGAAUGGAAAGAGGGGCGCGGAAGUUUCGAGACUACCGACAAAGCGUCCAGUCCUCAGGAUAAGGUCAAGGAGGAUAAGAAACGCAAGGAGAAGAAGCCUGGAAUGCUCAGUGGACUUUUCAAGCGCAAGGACAAGAAGACCAAAUCGCCUGAAGACGACUUUGAAGAGACUCUCACAUCCCCAACCGAGUCAACAUUUAGUCAAUCGAAGACAUCUAUGGAAUCGUUUGACUCAAAGUCGUCCAGAUCUCAAAGACAGACGGGCAACAAAUUACAGAAAUCACAACCGACAGCCAUGUCUCCAACAUCGACGGAAUCAGCCACUGAAGCCAAUCAGUCCAUUCGACGAGUGGUGUCACAGGAGGCAACCAGCUUCGAAGAUUCUCGAGGAGCCGUCAUCUCCCCUACCAGCCAACAAAGUCCUUCGAAGGAAAGCUUUGUUACUCCAAUGGAGUCUCAGGAUCCCUUUGCAUCUCCAGUGGAGCGACCAUCCAGCGAAGCUCAAUGGAGAGGCGCAUACGGAAGCCCAAGCCAGACAGCACCAUCGCAACCCUCCGUGGCGUCUCCGCCUCAACGUUUCGUUCCAACACUGGUGACGGCCCGCCCGGAACCAGAACCGGAACCAGAAUCCCCCGUCAAUGUUUCGCCGAUGGAAGGACACAUCCCAAUUCUUGCCCCGGGGCUCACCGCAGAUGCUGUGCGACGGGCGCACUCUAUUUCACCUCUCUCCCCACCGUCUUCGCCUGAAGCCGACACUCACGACCUCAAAAGUAGCGAAGCUACCCCUGGCUCACUGGACACACUUUCAGUGGACACUCCAACCUGGAGUGAUACCAGUCUACGAUCAUACCUGGACGAAGAAAAUGACAUUCGCGACCUUUUCAUUAUUGUCCAUGACAAAACCAACAUUCCCCCAGCCGGUGUUGACCACCCUGUCACUGGCCGCCUCUUCAAGGAAGAGAGCAAGAGAUUGAAGGAGAUGAACAAUCAGCUCGAUGAUAUGCUCGUCAAGUGGAUGGCUCAGCGCAAUCGAAAGUCUGGCUCGCUACGAAAUGUGCAGGGCCCAGAUGCAUAG